AGAGAGAGAGAGAGAGAGAGCGAGAGGGGGGCAACCGUCUCCCGGUUUUAUAGCACGAGGAGUCGCGAGGAUCCUCUGACGACAGACAGACAGCAGAUCUGCCGCCUCGCCGCCUGCGACACCUGAACGCAUCACACACACAACAGAACAGAAGGAGAGGCAGAUUUAGCUGGAGGAAGAGGACCGGAGGCUUUCCUUUAAAAAAAAUAUAUAUAUCAAGAAGAAGAAGAAGAAGAAGAAGAAGAGGAGGAGGAGGAGGGGACAGCGAGGGAGAGGCAGCCGGCUGGCCGGGACCACAGAGCUCCUAACCGGAGGAGAAAUCAUCACCGCCUCGUCACAUCACAGCUCGGGGAUGACAAAGUCCCAAUGAAGCGCAGAGAGAUGUCGCAGAAGAAGAUAUUCCUGAUCUGCGUCGCCAUCAGUACCGUCAGUCUUCUGCUGCACCAUGGGGGCCACUUAAGCUGGACCAUGGAAGCCUUCCACUUAAGCUGUCCUGGGCUGCGUUCCCUCCCUCUCUGGGGCCUGAAACCGAAGCACACCAAUGUGGCCUUCCUCAAGACCCACAAAACGGCCAGCUCCACCAUGCAGAACCUGCUCUUCCGCUUCGCAGAGCGCAACAACGUCACGGUGGCGUUGCCCGUGCAGGCCUGCAGCCACCAGUUCUGCUACCCUCGCUCCUUCACUCCUCACUUUGUCCAUCCGCAUACGAUACCUCCGAACAUCAUCACCAGCCACAUGCGUUUCAAUAAGGCGGAGAUGCAGCGCCUUAUGCCCAACGAUACAAUCUAUAUCACAAUCCUGAGAGAGCCUGGGUCCAUGUUUGAGUCCUUGUUCAGUUACUACAACCAGUACUGUCAGAGCUUCAAAAGGGUGCCUAAUGGUUCCCUGGAGGCUUUCUUAGAGGAACCUUGGCACUACUACCGACCUGAUGAGAAAGACUCCAUGUAUGCACGCAACACUGUGACCUUUGACUUAGGUGGGGACAAGGACAGACCAGCUACAGAUGUGACUUACGCCCAGACCUUUCUGGUAGAGGUGGAAAGAGUCUUCUCACUGGUAAUGAUAGCAGAGUACUUUGACGAGUCUCUGGUUCUCCUUCGCCAUCUUCUUAAUUGGGAUUUGGACGACAUUUUGUAUGUUAAGCUCAACAUGCGGACAACCAACUCAAAGCGUAGCCUGACGCCGGGCCUUUCUUCAAAGAUCCGUGACUGGAAUUCCAUAGAUGCACUCCUCUAUGACCACUUCAACGCAUCACUGUGGCGCCAACUGUCCGCCAUGGGUCAUGCGUGUGUGGCAAGGGAGGUGCGUCUCCUUCGACAAGCCCAGGAAAGACUCAUGAGAAGCUGCUUUGGUGGACGGAUGCCGCUCCUACGCUCAGCCGAGCAGAUAAAAAACAAAGAUCUCCGCCCGUGGAAGCCCAGUGGAAAAGUUGACAUUGUGGGCUACGACCUACCGGUAAAUCUCAGCCGUGGUUUCUCGAGCCAGGCCCAGGAGCUCUGCCUCAAGCUAGUCAUGCCAGAGGUCCAGUAUACAAGAGUUCUUUUACGCUCGCAAUUACUGCGCUACCGUCGAAGCUACCAGUUCCGGCCACCACAGCAGUCACGCUCCCCCCAGCAGCCUAUACGUACUGUCCUGCUGCGGCAUCCUCAGGGUCAACGCAGCCAGCCGACCCCAGCAGCCCCAGGCCCUGUAUCAGGAACAAGGUCUACCUCCACCACAAAGCCUGCUGAAGGGCCACAAGAUGGGACCACAAAGUUAAGGCCUAAGACCUCACAGAACGAGGCCUCCUAGGCUGCAAACAGAGACAUGGACACAAUCUGAGUGCCCAACAGACUGCAUUGAACUUACCCAUCCUGACCCUCGAGACAAUGAUGCUUGGUGGAUUGGGGCAGUGGGAAAAACGUUGUCUUUGGGAAAUCAAUGUCUCUCCCUUCCACAGUUUCUGAUAAAAAAAUACAUGAGAACAAAGAAGGGAAAGCGGGUUACAGUUUUUUUUGGGACUUGAAGUGGAAUCCCUCCCCUCCCUGGUCUGUGAAACAGCACCAGAGUUGGCAGACUCAUGAGCUGAAGAAAUCUACACUGAGACACGGCUCAAUUGCACUCCUCUGCAAACGGAUUGGAGAGGGUUUUAGGUGAAAGUGGUUCUUUGAAGCAAAUCUGUUACAUGCGACAAGGACUCAAUAGGGAAGUGGCGAUAUCGUGCCUAUUGUGAGGCACAGAGUGGGCUUUGUGUGUAUCACACUGGUAUAGUCUCAUGUUACUUGCUUUCAUUCUGUUUCUCGAGCUCUAUUUCAUUCUCUCUCCCUAACAUAUGCCAUUUAAAGUCCUUGAGAGAGACAUAGUGACAUAAAGGGAUCAACUGUCAGGCUUCCAAAGAGCCUCCUAAGAGGCCAGACAGACAUUGAGAUCACCUCAACCAUUAACACGACAGCACAAUCAACGACUCCUCUCUUACGGAUUCCAAGGGCCUAAAGCAAUGGUGGAAGGAUGGGUUAAAAGCAAGGAUGGAUCUUAUCUAGAGGGUAGGCUAAAGACUGCUGGAUACUCAAUUUGGCCACCCAUUAUUGCUGUGACUUCAACAGUGACUGAGCACACUCAUAAAGCCUGUGUCCCUUCAGCCUUCAACCUCUCCGGCUUGCUCCCUGCAUCCUCCAUCCUCUGAUCCCUGAUGCUGCCCUCUGGUCAGGCUCUAGAACCAGACAGCAGCACCAACAUCUUUCUUUCUUUGCUGUCCCCCUCGGACCACCAGCUGAGAUCACAUCUUUUCACUGUAGAGAGUUUUUGGAGAUGGUGAGGUUUCUGGAUGUGAGGUUGCAUUGCAAUAUGAUCCCCAGGCCUUCAUUCUAUAUGGAAGGCAUGGAUUUAAUAACCUACCAGCAACCCCACACUGCACACAUCGCCACAAACAAAAAAAAACCUAAAGCAGCUUGACAGGACAAAGACCUGAAGCCCGUGGGUCCCAGUGUUUGAAUAUUUAAUUCUCUCCUAUCAUAGCCCUCCUAUGGCCUAUGUCCUUAGGUUACACAGCGAUACGUUUUCAUUAGAUAUAUAAGAACGGGGUAAAGGUGCUCAUUCUGAAUCAGGAAUUUCAGGUGAACAAAGCAAAAUCAUCAGCGUAUGAUGCUUUAAAAAAAACUCACAAGGCUGGUGGGCUGAAAACGUCAUCAUUUAUCUCAGCUGUGAUCCACUCUUACUGCAUUUUGCUCAUAUUUAAUGUGUCAUUUAUGUUAUUUAUUCCUCUGGUGAUCAGCAGGGUACUGCUAAGUGACUGAUAGGCGGAGGAAGGACGUCUGUGUGUAUCUGUGAGUGUGUGUGACAUGGGAGUGUAUGUGGGCCAGGGAAUGUUGUAUUUUUUUUCAUGGCCAGCCAAGUUGGCAUGGCAACAAAAGGAAGUAAUGUGGGUGAGAUUUAUUGAAACUAUGUAUUAUUUAUUAUCGGGACUUGAAGAAUCCCAUUACUGUAUUUUGAACUGUUGUUUUUCAUGAACCACUGGAUAAAAAAAUAAAAAAAACUUUCUUUGACGUCAAGUUAGUGAACAUUUGAGUGUUCAUCAAACCACUUCAGGCAACAUCUGGUUAAGGCUUGUGGCGAUGAUAUGAAUCAUUCAUCUCUAUAUGUUUUACAUAAUGCAACACUACAGAAAGCACUUCUGAAAACCCCUACAUUGAAUCAAGUGUAGUCACUUUAAAAUUCAUCUUUCGUUCAGCAGUGCUUAAGUGCUCGACCGCACAAUGCUUUUGUGGUUGGAAGUCUGUCACACUGAAGGUUACAAUAAUGAGAAACACAAACUGCUGCUGCUCUGACAGGAACAAAGAGCAGGAGGAAAAAGCGACACGGCUUGAGGAUACACAGUCUUACUGUACAAUAUGUGGUUGAGAAUAUUCAAAUAUUCAAAGUGUGCUUACACGAACUAACAAGGAACGUCAGCUUUGAGGGCAUCAGAAUCAUAACAGUGUUUAUUUACAGGUAAUUAAACUUCUGUGAUAGAUUCCUUUAAUGCACAUGAUCUGUAAAAACAUUAAAAAAAUUAUAUUUAAAGAUAUUGUUUCUGCUUUUCAGUUCAAGUAAUCCCAGUGGACCAAAUCAACGUGUAGAUCAGACUGCUAACUUCCUCUAAAGGCGAGGUCAUUUCUUGAAACAGCUAGGCAUUAUAUUGUUUGGGACUUUUGUUUUUCUUAGAGCUGUGGAUAGAUACAGGUUUAAUGCACUUCCUCCCAUUUUGACUAAAUUAAUGACAGGUCAUUGUAAUGAUCCUUCCAGUGUGAGACACUGGUUCACUUUAUAUAGAUUUUUCUUUGCAACACUUACAAGUAUUUUAGAAAUGUAAGGCUUCUUAAAGGAACAGUGCGUACAAAUAAACAAGAUCAACUCAUUGUUUGUUGGAUUUGUCAACAUCUUGAGAUAUAUAAAACAUGUAAAGCCUUAUAUAUAAGUUCACAUUUGACUCAGUUUGAAUACAAUGCUGCUUUGACAAUGCUUUAAACUGCUGAGAGAUAACACUGAAUUUAUGUUCCUGUCUGUCCCUUUUGUGUUCAAUAUCAAAUAAUAAACAAGACUAUGAAAUGUAACAUGGGAAUAAAUACAGUCAAAAUAUGUAAUCAUAUUAUUGUGACAUAAUCCAGCAACAAACUGCAUUUUAGUAGUUAUUUCCUUUUGAUUCCUUUAUAUUUUAUUCUGUCUUAAAAAGUAUUCAAAAGUCUGCUGUUCAUAUAAAAAUGAAGCCUCUCGUGGGAAAUGAAGCUGUGUGAUUGGCUGCUGAUUGAUCUGAAUGAUUUUGGCUCUGACCAUUCAUUUUAGACUCAAACCUGUCCCAAUAAGGGAAAAAAAAGUCAAAGAAUAAACUGGUCAUGUUAAAAGAAGGAUGAUAAUAUAAAGAAAGAGCUGAAAUAUGCGCAAUUUCAUGCUUAUAUUUCAGAUGUUGUCUGUAUUUUUGGGGAUAAUUGCUCAUUUGUGGACUAAUAUUGGUUCUUAAAUGAAAGAAAACAAUGAAAAGGGUCUUUGAAAAUAUCUCUCCUGAAUCGUCUGACUGGGAUUUAGCUGAAGGUUUUUCUUUUUUAAUUUCUUUUAUUUCCUCUCAACUAUUAAUUUCUGUUCCAUUUCUUUGUGGCUGUGAGUCUCUCUAAGUGCUCUUUUGAUUGUACGAGUCGUUCGCCCAACUGUUCUGCUUCUGGUGAGAAAGAGAGUUUCACUAAUGGCCAUGCUGUCGUGUCUAAAGUGUCGGCACUUCUUUGCCAGAGGCGCUCUGGAAACAGUACGCUAAAAUCUCAUCAUCUUAACGAAAAGCUGCUCCUCCUUUUUUUUUUCCCCUCAGAGUGACAUUGAAAUAUAUUUAUUUUUUAAGAGGAAGAGGGUUUCUUUGUUUUUUUGGGUGAACUUUUAUCAAAUGAAAACAUUGCACCAGGUGAUUGUGGCAUAUUAAUAAUUCUCCGACUGUAUUUUCCUCUGAACUCUCUUAUCUGCUCAAUGUUGCACUCCAUCCUCUGUUUAUGAACUUACCUGUGGACUGAGAAGAGUGAGACUUUUUUUUCUUUUUAAAUUUCAUUUGGGGUGCUUGACUUGGAGAGUUUGGGUGGGUGGUGGGGCUCUGAAGAAAAUGCCCAAUGACAAUCAGAGCUAGGGGCCCCAAAGCUUUGUAAUGAAGGACUGUGAAGAACGUGAUGAAUAAAGUUUGAAUGAAUUUAAAUCA